AUAGUUGUGGAAGUGGCGGAUAUGAUAUUAUGCUACAUGAUGCCCUGCCUUUGUGUGGUUAUAUUAAAUUUGCUUGUCGCUGGAAAGGUGAAACAAGGCUUCAGCCAUGUAGCCGCUGGUCAGUGCAGAGCUACAAAAACUCCGUCUCGGCGUCGACAGGGAUCAACUAUGAUUUUAUUGGUGGUACCAGUAGUGUUUAUAUUACUGAAUACACCGUUUUAUUUGUUGCGCAUUACGGAUACAAUAGCAAUGUACGUCUUUCAAAGUAACGAAUUUUCCAUUGUUGGAGGCCUCCACGGUUCAGUUACAAUAUUUCUAUACAACACUGCUCAUUAUUUGUAUUACUUCAAUUUCGCUUGCGACGUCAUUGUCUAUGCAUUCUCCAGUUGUGUAUUUUUUCGUGAAUCUAACAAACACUUUGGCAAGUUCAUGCUUGUAUGUCUGUCCAUGUUUGUGUUUAAAUAA